AUGCAAAUACACCAUCAACCCCACGUUGGCACCCCCGCCACCACUGAUGCAGCGAUUGUUUCUGACCCCGCCGAAGUGGUAGAGAUCAUCAAUGACCAAGAACUAAAAAAUUACAGAUUAGGAGUAAUCCUCCUUGUUAUAUCGGUCAGUACGUGGAUCAUAGGUCUAGAGUUGGUAAACGUGGUACUAAAAGGUGAUGAUUACAACAAGCCGUUCUUGUUUGCAAUAAUUUCCGGUAGCUUUUACAGCUUGAACUUGAUCCCCGACAUAAUAAGCAUUUUCAAACGGAAAAUUUUUCCAAGGCGUGAAACAACAGAACAAAUUAAUGAAUUCACUCCAUUAAUAGAAAGUUCAAGUAGCAACUCUCUUUCUCAUCCCACCGAACUUUCCGGGUAUGAGGUGUUCACACUUGCCUUAACAAUCGCUGUGAUUUACCUUGUUUACAAUUUGUGUGUGAUGGAAGCACUUCAAUUCACGUCUGCUUCCAAUCAAACUGUUCUCGGAUCUUCAUCUUCGGUUUUCACCUUAAUCAUAGGAGUCUUGCUCAAAAUCGAACGCUUCAGCUGGAAAAAAGCAUUAUGUGUUGUUUGCAGUUUUACAGGAGUAUUCUUGGUAAAUUUCAGUGAUGCUAGUAGCGCUAAUGGCCAUAAGAACAAAUUUGAACCUAAGAAUCCAAGAUUAGGAAAUAUGUUAGCCUUGGGUGGAGCACUAGCAUAUGCAUUGUACUUGAUUAUUAUGAAAGUUAAAUGCGGGACUGGGAAUAAAACAACCAAUGAGAGAAGAUUGUUUGGAUAUGCUGGUCUCUUAACAUUAUUAAUGGGUAUUCCCACCCUAUAUGUUGUUGAUUAUUUUAAUGUUGAGAAAUUUGAAUUCCCACCUCCAAAUAAUGCUAUCUUGUUCAGUAUCUUGAUUAAUGGUGUAUUUUCGGCAAUUUCUGAUUAUACCGCAAUGUUAGCAAUGUUGCUAACUUCACCUUUAGUUGUUUCCUUAACAUUAACCUCGGGAAUUCCAAUUACCAUAUUCAUUGACUAUAUUAUCAUGUAUAUUACUCACACUAGUAAGAACAAACACACAAGUGUGGUUUACGUCUUUGGAAUAGUUUGCAUCUUGUUAGCAGUAAUACUUGUCAACAUAAACAUCACAUCUGAAAACGAGUUGAUUGAAGAAGUAAUAGAAGAAGCAAUUGAAGACUCAAUAAAGCGAGAUGAAGUGAUGUCGCCGGUCCUUUCUCCAUUACUUGGCCCAGUACAUAACCAUCAUUUAUUUAUUCCCGAAUCAUCAUUCCAUGUGGGUGUUCAUUCAUUUUCUCCAAAGUUGUUACCACCAAGACUAAUGAGACUGAUUUCAAGCUAUAAUUUAAAUGAAAGGUCGAAUACUGAAGAGGAGGAAGAUGAAGAUCUAACUGCAAGCAAAUUGAUUGUCGUUAAAGGUGCAAAUCAUAUGUAUCAUGUGAAACGAGAUUAUCAUGAAUCAGGUACAAACUCAACCAAGGGCUCACCCUGGCUACGUUCUACUCCAUAG